AACUUACAUUUUUUUUCUUUUUUUGGAAAAACAACGCUGAAAUGAAAUUUUAUUGAGAAAAAAAAAGAGAGAGACUUAUUGAGAUUGAAGAAUUUUGUUCUUCUUGAGGAUGGUUUGUUUGAGUCGAGUGUUGACGAUUUCUUGUACGGUAAAGCCUUCGCCCCCAUACAAGCCUCCUUCUUUGAGCUCUAGAUUUGUUCAUACGAAAUGCGAAUUGAAAUCGAGAUGGCGAUCUAUGGCUACCGAGCCGGAUUCAUCUUCCUCCGCGCAGUCUGUUGAAUCCGAUUCUUCCGCCGAUAAAACUGCCGCCGGAUUUUGCAUCAUAGAAGGGCCUGAAACAGUCCAGGAUUUCGCUAAGAUGGAACUUCAAGAAAUUGAGGAUAAUAUUCGAAGUCGGCGAAACAAAAUCUUUCUCCAAAUGGAAGAGGUUCGGAGGCUAAGGAUACAACAGAGAAUUAAAAGUGCUGAACUAGGUAUUUUCAAGGAAGAGCAAGAAAGUGAACUUCCUAAUUUUCCAUCAUUCAUCCCAUUCCUGCCUCCAUUGACCUCAGCAAAUCUCAAGGUUUAUUAUGUGACUUGUUAUUCUCUUAUUGCUGGAAUUAUUAUUUUUGGUGGACUUCUAGCACCCACUCUGGAGCUUAAGCUAGGACUGGGGGGCACAUCAUAUGCAGAUUUCAUCCGUAGUGUACAUCUGCCAAUGCAGUUGAGUCAGGUUGAUCCUAUAGUGGCAUCCUUCUCUGGAGGAGCAGUAGGGGUUAUCUCAGCCUUGAUGGUAGUCGAAAUAAACAAUGUUAAACAGCAAGAGCAUAAACGAUGCAAGUAUUGUCUUGGAACAGGAUAUCUUGCUUGUGCUCGCUGCUCAAGUACUGGAUCACUUGUUCUUACCGAACCAGUCUCGACACUAAAUGGUAGAGACCGUCCUUUAUCAACCCCCAAAACGGAAAGAUGUUCAAACUGUUUGGGAUCCGGAAAGGUUAUGUGCCCUACGUGUCUUUGCACCGGAAUGGCAAUGGCAAGCGAACACGACCCACGAAUUGAUCCAUUUGAUUAGAGUUCAUAUAAAAAGGAAACCUGGAUUUGGUAAAAUCAUAUCAUACAUACAAGUAUGCAGCUGGAUCUAGGUGUCUCGGUAGGGAAAUUACUUAAACCAUUUCGGACUUGUAGCUGCUCCUCUUAACAAUGUCGUUUUUUAGAUUUAAACAUGUGUCUACCAUUGGGAAUGCAAUAUGACUCAUAAUUGCACCCAAAUCUUGUUGAUUAUUUGUAAAUACUUUACCACUUUGUUUAUGAUUGAAUUAUUGAAUAAGGUUUUUUUUUUUAUAAAUAUAAUUUUAAUAUUAAUUUUUUUUCA